GAAAUGGCCAAUUAUCUUCUCUCACAAUCUGGAGAUCAACGGGUUGGAGAAAAAUGGGUAUAUAAUCUUGUUAAACGUCGCCCAGAGAUCAGUUCGAAGUUCUCAUGAAGAUACAAUUAUGAACGUGCGAAAUGUGAAGAUCCGAAGAUUAUUCAAGAAUAUUUUGACCGCGUACAAACUACUAUAUCUACGUACGGAAUCCUACCAGAAGAUAUCUACAAUUUUGAUGAGACUGGCUUUGCUAUGGGACUCUGCGCAACUGCAAAGGUUAUUACUGGAAGCGAUUGAUACGCUCAGCCAAAGCUUUUACAACCUGGAAAUCGAGAAUGGGUGACUGCAAUUGAAGCAACAAAUUCAACUGGAUGGGCCCUGCCUUCGUACAUUAUCUUCAAAGCCAAAAAAAUGUACGAUUAGGCUGGUUUGAUGAGCUCCCAGAUGAUUGGAGAAUCAAUAUUAGUGAAAAUGGCUGGACUACAGAUCAAAUAGGAUUAGAAUGGCUUAAAACCCAUUUUAUUCCUCUUGUUCGUGCUCAUACAUUGGGAACAUAUGCUAUGUUGAUUCUUGAUGGCCAUGGAAGCCAUUUAACACCAGAAUUUGACCGUACAUGUACUGAGAAUAGUAUUAUUCCAGUCUGUAUGCCAGCUCAUUCUUCACAUCUCGUACAGCCUCUUGAUGUUGGCUGUUUUGCUGUUUUAAAACGGCAUUAUGGGCAGCUUGUUGAGCAGCGAAUGAGGCUUGGCUUCAACCAUAUUGACAAAAUUGACUUUUUAACAGCAUUUCCACAGGCUCGUACGAUGGCCUAUAAAGCUCAAACUAUCCGGAAUAGCUUCACAGCCACUGGAUUAGUGCCUUUCAAUCCGGAUUGAGUUAUUCAACAACUUAAUAUUCAAUUGAAAACGCC